CUCGGCCACCGCUGCCACCGCUGCCCCAGGCUCCCGGCCAUGGCCCGCCCGGUGCUCCUGCUCAGCCUCGGCCUCCUGGCCAGCCUGCUGCCGGCGCUGGCCGCCUGCCCCCAGAACUGUCACUGCCACGGCGACCUGCAGCACGUCAUCUGCGACAAGGUGGGGUUACAGAAGAUCCCCAAGGUCUCUGAGAAGACCAAGCUGCUCAACGUGCAGCGCAACAACUUCCCAGUGCUGGCUGCCAACUCGUUCCGGGCCAUGCCGAACCUCGUGUCACUGCACCUGCAGCACUGCCAGAUCCGAGAGGUGGCGGCCGGCGCCUUCCGAGGCCUCAAGCAGCUCAUCUACCUGUAUCUGUCCCACAACGACAUCCGCGUGCUGCGCGCAGGCGCCUUCGACGACCUGACCGAGCUCACCUACCUCUACCUGGACCACAACAAGGUGACCGAGCUGCCCCGCGGGCUGCUCUCGCCGCUGGUCAACCUCUUCAUCCUGCAGCUCAACAACAACAAGAUCCGCGAGCUGCGCGCAGGCGCCUUCCAGGGCGCCAAGGACCUGCGCUGGCUCUACCUGUCGGAGAACGCCAUCGGCUCAGUGCAGCCCGGCGCUCUGGACGACGUGGAGAACCUCGCCAAGUUCUACUUGGACCAGAACCAACUGUCCAGCUACCCCUUGGCGGCUCUGAGCAAGCUGCGGGUGGUGGAGGAGCUGAAGCUGUCCAAUAACCCUCUGAAGAGCAUCCCGGACAACGCCUUCCAGUCCUUUGGCAGAUACCUGGAGACCCUCUGGCUGGACAACACCAACCUGGAGAAGAUCUCAGAUGGUGCCUUCCUGGGUGUGACCACACUGAAACACGUCCAUCUGGAGAACAACCGCCUGAGCCAGCUACCCUCCAGCUUUCCCUUUGAAGGCCUGGAGACCCUCGCCAUCACCAACAACCCCUGGAAGUGUACCUGCCAACUUCAGGGCCUGAGGAGGUGGCUGGAAGCCAAGACCUCUCGCCCAGGUGCUACCUGCAGCUCGCCCUCCAAGUUCAGGGGCCAGCACAUCCGGGACACGACCGCCUUCAGAGGCUGCAAGUUCCCCACCAAGAGGUCCAAGAAAGCUGGCCGCCAUUAAACAGGUCCUCACCCAGCCAGUCCUGGUGACUGGCCUCUGCCGUCUGCUGGAGAGACUACUGACCUUUCCACCUGACCCCGCCUUCUCCCCACAGCCCCAGCCAAUGCACUGAGCUGCCCACUCCUAGAUGUCCUGGAGGGGAGGCCCUGGGUACUCC